CACGCAAUAUGCAAGGGCGAAUGGGUUAAACGAAACGAAACGAAACCCAGCAAGCAACCAAGCAAGUAGUCAGCCGGUCAGGGGGACACGGGGGACGGAGCCCGCCGCACAGCAAAGCUCCGACCUUGCGCCGCCACGUUUGUCUUGUCCCACCCACCACCUCCUCCACUCCCCGCCCCCGGCGCCCCUGCACGCCGUCCCAUUUCUCUCGUCCCCCCUCCUCCUCCCCUUCCCCUACCAUCUCAGUGGCGGCGGGGCUAGGGCUCUCCUUCUCCGUUCCUCCCUCAAUCCUCCUCCCCUCCUCCCUCUCGCAUCCAGUCAAACUCCAGCCAGCCAAAACCAGCAGCCUCGACCAGGCCGCCGGCAGGCCGACCGAUUGAUCGGUGUGGAUCGAGUCGAGGGAAGGAGGCAACGGGCUACAGGACCAAGUCCAGCACCCAGGCGCAAAAACUUCCUGAGCAGGAUCAUGCCUUCUUGCCCUCGGGGAAGAAGCGCCAAAGCAGGGGAAGGAAGGAUUUGUGCCAUCUGACUCCAGUGCCUGCAUUCUAGACUCCCAAGCUCGAACACAGGCCAGGGAAGGGAAGCGGUGGCCAUGGAACCUCACAGCCUGCGGUUCGUCAGGUGCCCGAAAUGCCACCAGCUCCUCGUCGAGUACCCCUCCAUUCCUGUCUACAAGUGUGGCGGCUGUGGCACGGUUCUCAGAGCGAAACAUCGGGCUGCCCCUGCAGCACGAGCUGGUUCAGAAUCUGGGGAGCACAGCACCGGCUCUCCGUGUAGCCUGAACGGCUCCCCUAGCCAGAGUAGCGGAUCGAUCUGCUCGGGCGAACAGAGAGCUGGCUCCUCUGUUGAUCGGCCUCAUGAGGCCACGGCUCAUGGAAGCAUGUCCUCCGCUGCCAACAACAUCGACUCGUGUGACGGCACAGUCCAUGAAAGAACCAUGUCUGCAGCAGAUAGUGGUGUAACCCAUGCCGAGCAUCCGGAGGAGGGCAAGUGCUCCUUAGCUGAUGAUGGAAAUAUCCAGAAGUCUGGGGUUAUGGUCAAAGAAAAAGAGACACAUGGACAAAACGCUGGGGCUAGUUUGGAUUUAACUGAAAGAGUUGAGAAUGUUGACACUGGUGAAAAGGCGAGCGGAGGUAAAAUCGGUGAUAUUGGCACUAGUCAACUGAGCAUGACACUGUAUGAGAAAAGUCAGGCUGCUCACAGGGAGGAGAGGCCACGCAGGUAUGAAGGCGUGCAUGUUGAGUCUCACAAAGCUCUGAUCGAAGAGUUGGAGAGGUCUCUUUCGUUCAGCAGUGAGGAUGACUACUUCUCGGACGAAGCAGAAAGCAGUGGCCUCAGUGAUGCUCUGCGUAACCAAAUGGGUAGCCGCAGGUUUAUGCUAGGGGGCAGAGUGAAUGAUGCGCCCCGAAGCGAUCCACAUGGUCGAUUGAUUGAAGAACUAGAGAUGUCUUUCAGCGAUGCAGAAGAGCCAUUGGAGCAGCAUGCUAUGGGUUCAGAGAGAGUUCAUGGAAAUGUGCUUGACAAGGAUCCACAGAUCCUGAGUGAUAAAAGUGCACAUCCAUGUGAAGAAAGCCUCUCAUCAUUUGAGAGUGGACACCUCAAAUCUGAACAAACUCCUCACCAGGAAAGCAGGGCAAUAGGGGCAAUAGGCAAUGGCAAUCAAGGAAAUGAGCGUAUUGAAGAUAACAAUAAUACUGCCGACUCUGUUCAUGGGAGUGAGCAUAUUGUGAUUGACGAUGACAAAAUUGCAGAUAUAUUCCACGAGAAAGAACAUGAUAAGGAUUGCCAGCUUGCAAACACAGAAAGUGCAUACCCUUCUGAAGGAAGCACCUCUGCUGUCGAUGAUUGCAGUAUUGAAGUUCAGCAAAGUUUUCAACCAAAUGACCUGACAGCAGUCGAUGAGUGCAGUAUUGAAGUUCAGCAAAGUUUUCAACCAAAUGACCUGACAGCAGAUGUCAAUCAAGAAAUGGAAGAUGAUAAGAUAACCAAUGAUAACAUUGUACCUGCAGAUUCCCAUGAGAAAGAGCAUGAGAAUGAUAAUCUUAUUCAUGCGCCUGCAGAUGAAGACAUUUCAGAGAGAGUUGGUGUAAAUGAAGAGCUAACAGCAGAUGGCACUCAAGAAAUGGAAGAUGGCUUCAUGGAAGAUGACAACAUGAUCAAUUGUGUGCAUGACAAAGAUAAUUCUGUGCUUGCAGAUGAAAACAUUGCAGAGAAAGUUCAUAUGCAUGAAGAUUUAAAAACUGAUGGCACUCAGGAAAUGGAAGAGGGUUGUAUGGAAGACAGCAACAUGAGCAAUUGUAUUCAUGUCAGUGAUAAUCUUGUAUUUGCAGAUGAAGGCAUUGCAGAUAGAGUUCAUGGAAAUGAAGAGACAGCUGAUGGCGCUGGAGAAAAUGAACAGAGCCUAAUGGAAAAUGAAAAUGUGAAUGUUGCUGUUGCAGCUGAGUUCAUUGCGAAGAAGAUUCACGAGAAUGAGCAUGGUAGGGAUCAGCGGUCCCUGGAGGACGGAAGUGCACAGCUGUAUGAAGGAGUCAUCACUCCAUUCAGUGCCAGAUACGUUGAAUCUGAACAAAGUUUUCAACAAGAUGAGCCAAUACCUGAUGCCACUGAAGAAAAGGAAGAUGAUUUUAUGGAAGAUGGAAAUAUGGCCAACUGCAUUGAAGAAAGCAUGGCAGCUGUUGCUAGGUUCUCAAGCUUGCCAAAUAAGAGGAAUCAGUCCAAGUUAGCUAGCUUUAAUAAGAACAAAGAACAAAUGACCUACAGAUCUAGAGGUAGCCAACUUCGUCAGGGACGUUCACUUGAUUCUGAAGAUUUUGGUUCAAUUCAAAACUUCAUGGAGUCACAAAUGGAUGGCACCUCAAGUUCUCUCUCAAGCGGGUCUCCCAGUCGAGGCGAUCCGGUGCACAGAACAGCAAACAAGUUCAAUAAUAACUGUAGACACGAGCGCCUCAAAAAGAUGGAUGAACUAAGAGAUCAGCUAAGUAGGCUUUCGAGCCAGAAGAGCUCGGAGAGAAGUUACCAGAAGAGAGGCCUAGAGUACCAGCAACAAUCAAAUGGGUAUGACGUCGAGCACCAUAUUCAAAGUGUUGAUGGUGAUUCCGCUCCAAGUUCCUGUGCUCUAGAAUCCUAUUAUGGUCAUGGAAGGCCGCCAAGGUACCCACCACCACAAAAUCCUUUCUCUCCGACCCAUACAUACGCACAUUGCCAUUUUGGACAUGCCGAAACACGCCUACCACACAGUUAUGACCCAUGGGAGUUCAAUUCAUAUUACCAGUCCUCGUAUGCUGAAAGCACAAUACUGGACCAAGAAUCACUUAGGUCAAGCUACAAGGAGCAGAAACGGGUGGUGAGAAAGCAUAUCUUGCGGCCUCUGUCAGGUGCUUCCCCAUUCACUAUCUGCAACGGCUGUUUCAACCUGGUUCAAAUGCCAUCGGAUGUCUACAUAUCAAAAGCAAUGGUCGGCAAAAUGCAAUGCGGCAAGUGCUCCAAGGUUCUGGCAUUAUCAUUCCGUGCAGCAUACAAUGCAAAUGCAAAGAGUAGUGUGGAUGUGGCCCAAGAGUCAUACAACCUGGACGAUAGCGUAGUCGCUAAAAACGAGGAUAUUGCUUCUUAUUAUGCUGAGUGCCUAACAGGGGGUCCGGUUAGUAUCAGUGAAGACUAUGGAGCAUCGCACACAAGAAGCAUGCCUGCUCGAGCUGAGUCUAGUAGCCUUGCUGCCGCACAAAGUGGCAAGAAGGUCUCUGACUCGGCGCUCCAUCGGCUCAUGGGGUAUGAUUCAGCUAGCCAGUUGUUACGCCAUAGCAGGGUGUUUGAAGAUGGGUACGAGAGCUUCGAGUCGAUGGUGCCAGUUUCCAGCAGAGUGUCCAGAAGAAAGAACAAGUGAGGUUCUACUUCGAAGCGUGAAACCUUUUGCUCACCUUGCGAGUAAUCGUACAAAGGAGAAACAGUUUUGGAGUGCGGUCCAACCGUGCCGCAGAAGCCCGUCCUAUGAUCCGAAGGCAAGUUGGCAUCUUGCCAUCGAAUAGUUCCAUUAUUUUCUCAAAUAAGUUGGGAUGUUUGAAGCGAUUUUAGUUUUUUUUUGGUCAUAUUCUUUAGGUGUGGUGUAUAGAUAUAUUGCUUAUUCUUGUUGUAAAUUUGUUCAUAUCUGGUACUGGUAUAAUGACAACUAUUAAUACCACACAAUUGGCAAUCUCGUGGUCGGAUUUGAUUGUAUAGUCCGGAUACUGGUAGGUUCAGGUCUUUCACAACUCCCUGCAUGUUGAAUUAAGGCUCAGAAAUGCGAGCUGUAGACAUUGUAUUGACACUGA